GCAGGUGGAGGAAACACGCUAUAACGCUCCCUCAAUUCGAAGAAGAAGUAAUAGUUUGUUUGGCAAACGAGACUGAUUAGCUUCAGGAUUCUAGCCUUGAAUUUACGUCCGCACGUGAUCAACAUCUUGUUGUUCAGCAUCUUGGAGAAGACUUUGAUAAAGGUCGUCUUGGCUGAGUUGACUGAGCUGCCAACAUGGGGGAGAGAAAAGGAGUGAACAAAUAUUAUCCUCCAGAUUUUGACCCUGCUAAGCAUCGUUCUAUCAAUGGCUACUGGAACACACAUCCACUGCGCGAGAGAGCCAGGAAGCUCUCUCAGGGCAUUCUCAUUAUCAGGUUUGAGAUGCCCUAUAAUAUCUGGUGCGAUGGCUGUAAGAACCACAUAGGCAUGGGGGUUCGAUACAAUGCGGAAAAGAAGAAAGUGGGCAAUUACUACACUACACCAAUAUACAGGUUCAGAAUGAAGUGCCACCUGUGUGUGAACUACAUCGAGAUGCAGACCGAUCCAGCCACGUGCGAUUACGUUAUCGUGAGCGGUGCGAGCCGCAAAGAGGAGAGAUGGAACAUGGCUGAAAAUGAACAAAUCCUCACCACUGAGCGCACGGAGAAGGAAAAGCUCGAGACCGAUGCCAUGUACAAGCUGGAUCACGGCGGCAAAGACAAAGAGAAGCUGCGUGCCGCCAUUCCAUCUCUUGCCGAGCUGCAGGAGCACCAGGCUGGAUGGAAAGACGACUUUGAGCUCAACAGGGCCCUCCGCAGGAAGUUCAGGGAUGAGAAGAAGGCCAUAUGUGAAGAGGAGGAGAAGGAUAACGCCGUGAGGAAGAGGAUGGGUCUGUCUAUUCCUUUGGUGCCGGAAAAGGACGAAGACAAAAGGCUCGCCUCACUGCUCACCUUGCAGAGUCCUGACUCAUACGAGAACAGACAGCAUACGAAGAGGCAGCAGAUCUCCUCUCGCUCCUGGUUUUCUCCGUCUUCCUCCGGUCCAUCGGGCAGCGCUGUGGGAAACCUCCUGAACAAACUGGGCCAGAAGGGCAGAGACGCCGCUGCUGCCAAAGCUGUGAACGCCGCUCCGAGCACCUCUCUCGUCCGCAGGAGGUCAGAUGGUGGCCUUACAUCACGUUCCACCCAGGAGUCCGUUUCGUCUCCCGACGACGUGGCCACUUCCGACGUGGAAAACGCUGAUUCGUCUCCCAUACAGCGUUCAGAGGACAGACAGGACACCUAUAGACUGUCCACAGACCAGAGGGCUGGAAAGCCAGCUCCAGAGGUGCAUUAUGGGAUGGGACACAAUAGCACUGAAUCCUGCUCUACAUUGUCACUAGUGGCAGAUUACAGUGACUCGGACUCGGAUUCGGGUCAGUGAGGAAGCACGGGAACGGACUGAAAUCAAAACCACACACAUCGCAGACUGUCUGAUCAAAAAAGAAACAGUUUCUAAACUUUCGGGAAACAGAGUGAUAACGCGGGCUUUGUCAAAACCGUACAAAUGGGACACUCAACGUGAUUUUGGAAAGUUUGUUAUCAUUAAAAUUACCUUUCCAUGAUAUGUAGAAUUAUUCGCACCCUUCAUUUUUAUUUAUUUCUCUUUUUUUAAAUAUACAUUCACACCCAAUUAUAAAGUAGAAACUUCUACUGUGAAUUAAUGCAAUAAAUCGAAGCAUGCCCAAUCUCUCAAUUGUUACCGCUAUAUGAGGAAGUGUAAUAAUAAAUCAAUAGUAGUGUUUAUUUAGAUCUUCCAGUAAAUGUGUUAUCUGUGUUUGCAGAACAAUGCUGAACCUUGAAACUGUCAGCAAAAAAAAAAGGCAUGGGUUUGUGUUUGUAGAUUGUAGAUAGUCGAUUGGGUUCAGAUAUAGGGUGAUGGAAGGUAUCCUUAAUAUAAAGAAGCUGUCGAUUUUUGGCGAACUCAUUCCCGCUGUAGCUUCAGAUUCCCGUUCUCAGUGGACAGGAGUGAAACCCAACGUGGUCUUCUCCUGUUGUAGUGCAUCCUCCUCAAGGUUCGAUGUGUUGUGCGGUCUGAGAUGCUUUUCUGCUCACCACGGUUGUAGUGUGUUUGAGUUACUCGAGGCCGUUCUCCUCUGUCCUUUCUCAUCAAGAAGUCGCUUCUACUUGCAGAGAUGCUGCUCACUUUGUUUUUUCUGCACCAUUCUGUAUAAAAUAUUAAUUGGCUAUUUACGGUGCCCUCCACUAAUAUUGGCGCCCUUGGUAAAUAUGAGCCAAGAAGGCUGUGGAAAAAUUGUCUUAAUUGUUUGAAACUUUUGAUCUUUAUGAAAUUCACAAAAAUACUCUGCCAUCAUUGAUGUUGAACACAACACCGGUCUAUCAAAAAAAAACAACUGUUAAAUAUAGGUGUGCAACAAUUAUUGGCAGCCCUAUGAAUUCAUAUGAGAAAAAUAUAUUCCAAGUAUAUUCCCAUUGAUUAUUUAAUAUUUUUGUAGUAUACCUGGGUGACU